CAUGCCCCGGAACAGCCCGAGCGCUUCACACCCAGGCGCCGAGGCCGCCCCCUGCGCCUUCGCCGCUCCUUCUGGGCCGUCGGAGAGGCCGGGCACGUGGCCGGAGAGAGCUCCAUGAGCCUCGCUCGCUCCCACUCGCGUUCUAAGCUGGCUGCGGGGCCCCAGACGCAGAGAGAUAAAACUCAAGAACAGUGUAUUACACUUCUUAUGCUUUACAAAUGGAAGCCGGGGGAAUGGCUACCAUGUCUCUGAAGCGUCCUCUUUCUGAGGAUGAUGAGACAAGUGCUGAUGAAAAUAAAAGGCCAAGGUUUUCAGAAGAUCCCCUCAAAGGAAGGCAGAGUCCUGACCCUAUUACGGUUGAGGCAGAGCUGGAGGUGCCUGGAAAACCUGCUGUUAAGGAUUCAAAGAAUGAAACUAACGCGAUGGAGGAAAGAACAAACCAAGGUAAAGAAGAAGAAGGAGAAGAAGAAGAAUUGGAAAUGAGUGAUGAAGAAGGAGACCCAGAGAGUUUUGCAGACAUGAUGAAGCAUGGCCUGACUGAACUUGAUGUUGGCAUCACCAAGUUUGUUAGUUCUCACAAAGGCUUUUCUGGAAUCUUGAAAGAGAGAUAUUCCGAUUUUGUUGUUAAUGAGAUUGGAAAAGAUGGCCGUGUUGUUCAUUUAGAUGACUUCUCUGUACCAGUGGUUGAUGAGGAUCCACCUGAAGAGAUCUUUGCUGUGUUGUCAGCUGAAGAGAAACAGCAGCUAGAGGACCUUCAGCUUUUUAAGAAUAAAGAAGCCAGUGUUGCUAUUGAGGUCAUUGAAGACACUAAGGAAAAAAGAACGGUGAUUCACCAGGCUGUGAAAUCCCUGUUUCCAGGACUAGAGACUAAAACAGAAGACCGGGAUGGAAAAAAGUAUAUUGUUGCUUACCAUGCUGCUGGUAAAAAGGCACUUGCAAAGGUCAGAACUUCAACAGAUCCAAGAAAACAUUCUUGGCCAAAAUCUAGGGGAAGUUACUGCCAUUUCGUUUUGUACAAAGAAAACAAAGAUACUAUGGAUGCCAUCAAUGUGCUUUCAAAAUUUUUAAGAGUUAAGCCAAAUAUAUUUUCCUAUAUGGGAACCAAAGACAAACGGGCUAUUACUGUUCAAGAAAUUGCCGUUCUUAGGAUCACAGCACAAAGAUUGGCUCAUUUAAAUAAAUGCCUGAUGAAUUUCAAGCUUGGAAAUUUCAGUUACAAGAACCAUCCACUGAAGUUGGGAGAACUCCAAGGCAACCAUUUCACUGUGGUUCUUAGAAAUAUAACUGGAACAGAAGAUCAAGUUCAACAGGCCAUGCUCUCUCUCAGGGAAAUUGGAUUCAUUAACUACUACGGAAUGCAAAGAUUUGGAACCACAGCUGUCCCUACAUACCAGGUUGGAAGAGCCAUUCUGCAGAAUAAUUGGAAUGAAGUAAUGGAUUUAAUACUAAAGCCACGUCCUGGAGCUGAAAAGGGAUACUUGGUUAAGUGCCGAGAAGAGUGGGCAAAAACGAAGGACCCAGCUGCCGCUCUCAAAAAACUGCCAGUGAAAAGAUGUGUGGAAGGCCAGUUGCUACGGGGACUUUCCAAGUAUGGACUGAAGAAUAUCAUCUCUGCCUUUGGCAUAAUCCCAAGAAAUAAUCGUCUGAUGUACAUUCAUAGCUAUCAGAGUUAUGUGUGGAAUAACAUGGUGAGCAAGAGAAUAGAAGAGUAUGGACUCAGAGCAGUGCCAGGGGAUCUAGUACUAAAAGGAGGUAGUGCUGUUUAUAUUGAAGAAGCAGACAUUGACAGUUACACCAUUCAUGAUGUGGUGAUGCCCUUGCCUGGAUUUGAUGUCAUCUAUCCAAAGCAUAAAAUUGGAGAAGCUUACAGGGAAAUACUGACAGCUGACAAUCUUGAUAUUAACAACAUGAAACAUAAAAUUAGAGACUAUUCUUUAUCUGGCGCAUACAGAAAGAUUAUCAUUCGUCCUCAGAAUGUCAAUUGGGAGGUGGUUGCAUAUGAUGAUCCUAAAAUCCCAUUGUUCAAUACUGACUUAGAUAAACUGGAAGGAAAACCACCUGCAUUCAUUGCAAUGGAAGGAAAAUACAAGGCUCUGAAGAUUGAGUUUUCCCUUCCACCUUCUACAUAUGCCACCAUGGCCAUUCGAGAAGUAUUAAAAAUGGACACAAGCAUAAAAAACCAGACACAACUAAACACCGUGUGGUUACGCUGAAGGUGCUAUACAGAGACUGAAUAAACAUUUUAACAUGUACAACUGUUUCUUAUGUACUUCUAAAGUAAUUUCUAAUAAAAUGGUAUUUUGUAUUAGGCUAAAGUAUACAAUUUUAGGCUCCUUGCAACACGGUGUUUGUAAAAAUAUAACCUUCAUUUUUAAACAUUCUGAGCAAACAUGGUGCCUGAGCUGUUUUCACAGUGUAAUUUGACAGUUUACAAAAAUAUGAAUGGCUUUUUUAGCAGUUUCAGAUCCUGGGCAACUUUUAAAAGUGUUCUCAGAAAUAUGGUUGUAAAUGGUCUUCACGAGUUUGGAACAGAUUAAAAGCAUGCAUAAUUCUGCAGUUGAAGACUAAUUAGAGUAAGACUGAAAAAAGCCUAUUUUUUUCAGCAAACAGAUAUAUUUAGCCUUAAGAAUAUCAAUAAGAUUGCCACUCCUAGCCAAUUUUGUUGGUGGAAAGUUCAUUUCUCAUAUAUACAGUUGUUUUUAUUAAACUUUGUGCAUUUUUCAUGACCUGUUAAAACUUGUACUACCACAUAAACUUGUACAAACCAUGCAUAAAUGCCAUUCAGCUUCAACUGUUAUGGCUUGUCCAUUGCUGGCAAUGGUGAACCAGGAAAUUCUAAUCACAUAGUUAAAUAAUCAUUCUGAAUUUGAUAACUAUCAUAUUACAUUUUCAUUUGAUUUUUAAAAAUCAAGCAAAAAAUCUGUUUUGUAUUUCUCAGUUUAUUAAAUAAUAUAAAGACAUGCAAAUCUGCCA